UGGCAAAAAGAUCUUGAUUGCCGCUCACGGAAAUUCUCUGCGAGGAGUUGUUAAACAUCUUGAUAAUCUUUCUGAUGAUGAAAUCAUGGGUCUUAAUCUUCCAACAGGUAUCCCGUUCGUGUAUGAGCUUGAUGAGAACAUGAAACCUGUGAACUCGAUGCAGUUCCUGGGCGACGAGGAGACUGUUAAGAAAGCAAUUGAGUCUGUUGCAGCUCAGGGAAAAGCUAAGAAGAAUGAUGCCCCGAAGCCUAAAGGAGCGGAUUAUGAGUUUAUCAGUACACUGGUUGCUCAUCGUGUCGGAGGGAAUGUGAAGGAGAGCAAUGUUCAACCUGUUCUGGACGGAGAAUCAGUCAGAGCUUUGCUUGAUCGAAAAUUCUGUCCUACUCCGACUAAGCCAGCUGCAGCAUGCAACGCAUGCCCAAUCAAGACAGCUAAAGGCCUAGAGAGCUGGUCCGCUAACUACUCCAAGUGGGAAUCUACUUUCUCAGCAGAGAAUAGUUCUAGGUUUGGGAAAGCUACCAAGAUUGGGAUCAACGGAUUUGGGAGGAUUGGGAGGCUUGUACUUAGGGCUGCAGUCCAGAAAGGAGCAGAGGUGGUUGCCAUCAAUGAUCCUUUCAUAGAUCUAGACUACAUGGUUUAUAUGUUCAAGCAUGACUCAACCCACUUCGGUUACCACCGUAGUGGCCCUGAGAUUAAGAAAACCAACUGCGGCAAGCUGUCGGUCAACGGGAAGUGUAUUACUGUGUUCGCCGAGAAGGAUCCUAAAAAUAUUUCCUGGUCUUCAGCAGGGGCUGAAUAUGUUGUAGAGUCUACAGGGGUUUUCACUACUGUUGCAGGAGCAUCAGCUCAUCUGUCAGGUGGUGCUAAGAAGGUUGUUAUCUCCGCUCCAUCAGCCGAUGCACCAAUGUUCGUUAUGGGAGUUAACAAUGAGAAGUAUGAUCCAGCAAUGCAAGUUGUAUCUAAUGCCUCAUGUACUACCAACUGCCUGGCUCCUCUUGCUAAAGUUAUCAAUGAUAACUUUACAAUCCUUGAAGGUUUGAUGACUACCGUUCAUGCUACAACUGCGACCCAGAAGACUGUAGAUGGACCCAGCGGAAAGGACUGGAGAGGAGGACGGGGGGCCGGUCAAAACAUUAUUCCAGCGUCCACUGGAGCAGCUAAGGCGGUAGGUAAAGUUAUCCCUGAGCUGAAUGGAAAAUUGACCGGGAUGGCAUUCAGAGUUCCUACUCCAGAUGUCUCUGUUGUUGAUCUGACUGUAAAGCUUGAAAAACCAGCUAAGUAUGAAGAGAUCUGCAGAGUAAUUAAGCAAGCUGCUGAUGGUCCUAUGAAGGGUAUUCUUGGGUAUUCAGAGGAGGAGCUAGUAUCAACAGAUCUACUGGGCGACACAAGAUCUUCAAUAUUUGACAAGAAAGCUGGCAUUCAACUCUCUGAUACCUUUGUCAAGCUGGUCACCUGGUAUGAUAAUGAGUUUGGCUACAGUUGCCGGGUGGUGGAUCUUAUUGCGUAUAUGCAGUCCAGAGAUGCUGAAAUAUCUGGUUCCAGCUGUGGACUAUUUGCUGGAGUAGAGAUGGCUCCUCCUAUUGAGGUUUUCCAGCUUUCAAGGGAUUUCCAGGCUGAUACGUUCCCCAAGAAAGUAAGUCUAGGAGUUGGUGCCUAUAGAACAGAUGAGGGUAAACCCUGGAUUCUUCCUGUUGUGAAGAAAGCAGAAACUAAGCUUGCUGAACAAGUCAACGAAGAAGUAAUUAAUCAUGAAUACCUUCCAGUUCUUGGACUCGAGUCUUUUGCUGCAGCAGCAACUUCAAUGCUUCUGGGAGAAAGUUCUGGAGCUGUUAAGGAUGGGAGAGCCUUUGGUGUCCAAGCCCUGAGUGGAACUGGGGCUCUGAGAAAUGGAGCUGAGUUCCUCCAAAGGAUUCUUGGUUUCAACACCUGCUACUACUCUGACCCUACUUGGGGUAAUCACGGACUUAUCUUCAAGAAUGCUAAUUUUACUGCUAUAAGAAAGUACAGAUAUUGGGAUCCUGUCAAUAGAUGCCUUAACUUUGAAGGCAUGUUGGAGGAUCUCUCUGCAGCUCCACAGAAUUCAGUGAUUAUUAUUCAUGCUUGCGCUCACAACCCAACCGGUGUUGAUCCUACCAAAGCUCAAUGGGAAAAACUUGCGGACCUGAUGCAGGAGAAAAAGCUCUUCCCAUUCUUUGAUUGUGCAUACCAGGGAUUUGCCUCUGGAUGUCUUGAUACUGACGCCUGGUCUGUGCGUUACUUUGUUGAACGAGGCUUUGAACUGUUCUGUUCCCAGUCCUUUUCCAAGAACUUUGGCCUGUACAAUGAGAGAGCAGGAAAUCUGACAGUUGUUUUGAAGAACAAGGACCAGGUUCCAAGCUUCAAGUCCCAGAUGACCUUGAUUAUUAGAGCAAUGUACUCCAACCCGCCUGCUCACGGUUGCAGGAUUGUAGAUUUGGUUCUCAAGGAUGCAAAGUUGUUCCAGGAAUGGAAGGACUGCAUUAAAGUGAUGGCAAACAGGAUCAUUGACAUGAGGAAGGGAUUGAGGGAAAGGCUUGAAAAGCUUGGAACACCUGGAAAAUGGAAUCAUAUUACUGAUCAGAUAGGCAUGUUCAGCUACACCGGGCUGUCUGUUGAACAAUCCAUGUUCUUGGUCAAGGAGAAGCACAUCUAUCUCCUUAAAUGUGGCAGGAUAUCCAUGUGUGGAGUCACCCCUGGCAACAUAGAUUAUGUUGCUGAAUCUAUCAAUGAGGCUGUAACUAAGAUCAAAUCUGUAGCCCCCUCUAUGCCGGCUGCAAAUGUAAAUUUCUCAAACCUUAAACCUACUAUCUCUGUAGUUGUAACUGGAGCUGCAGGACAGAUUGCAUACUCACUUAUCUAUCAAAUUGUUAGUGGAUAUGUGUUUGGAUAUGACCAGCCCAUUAAUCUAUUUCUGCUUGAUAUUGCCCCCAUGAUGGGAGUUCUCAAUGGUGUUGUUAUGGAGAUCAGGGAUUGUGCUAUGCCGUUAGUAAAGGCUGUUAUUGCAACAGAUGAUCCUGCUCAGGCCUUUGACAAUAUUGACGCUGCCUUCCUGGUGGGAGCAAUGCCCAGGCGUGAGGGCAUGGAGCGCAAGGACCUUCUGGCUGCUAAUGUUAAGAUAUUCAAGGUUCAGGGACAGGCUCUAGACAAGUAUGCAAAGAAGAGUGUCCGGGUAUUGGUGGUUGGAAAUCCAGCCAACACAAAUGCAUUGAUCUGCUCCCACUAUGCACCCAGCAUUCCAAAGGAUAACUUUUCUGCCAUGACUCGUCUUGAUCAGAACAGAGCCUCUGCACAACUUGCCAAUAAGCUCGGUGUUAAGGUUGAAGCAGUAAAGAAUGUUGUUAUCUGGGGCAACCACAGCUCAACCCAGUUCCCUGAUGCUUCCCAAGCUCAGGUAAAUGGCAAGCCAGUAGCUGGACUUGUUGAUAAUGCCUGGAUUCAAAAGGAAUUUGUCCCAAUUGUGCAAAAGCGUGGUGCUGCUGUUAUCGCCGCCCGUAAGUUGAGUUCCGCCAUGUCAGCUGCUAAGGCAGCCUGCGACCAUAUGAAGGAUUGGUUCCAGGGCACCAAGGCAGGAGAAUGGGCCUCUAUGGGUGUUUUCUCUGAUGGCAGCUAUGGAACUCCUGUCGGAAUCAUGUUCAGUUUCCCGGUUACCAUCACUCACGGAAAGUGGAGUAUCGUGAAAGGAUUGAACCUAAAUGACUUUGCAAAGUCCAUGCUGGCCGCAACAGCAGCAGAGCUUUGCGAGGAAAGAGAAGAAGCUAUGGUAGUCUGCACAGCCUAGACAUUGGUGUUUAAUCUCACACUACAGGGUUGCCGUCAAAAGGUUGAGAUAUUAGAGAUGACUGUGCGAAAUGUAUUCUGUCUGUUAUUUUGCAUUCAAGGCUAAGUCUGCAGCUGCAAAUUUGUUUCUUUGUUUGCAAAAUAAUAUAAUAUCCCAUUGAAAAA